AUGAACACUUUUUCAUAUUCACUAUUAUUCUUGAUUUAUUUCCUAUUUAUUUCCUAUUGUAGUAAUUUUGGGGAUUAUGGUGGUUCUGUGUCUGCACUUUCGCUACUGAGAACCAAAGCUCUUCCAUCUUUCACACAGAUUGGAUUUAAAACCUAUCCAAUCUCUGUCACUGCAUUUAAACCUUUAUAUUUUGAAUUAGUCAUGCCUCCCAAUGACACCACGUAUCAUGGUUUUUCAAUUUCAAUCAUGUGUGAUGGAGAUGGUGGUUGUACUCCAGCUGUAACUACUUUGAAUGUGAGCACAGAUCCAACAAUGAUUGCAGAUGGAAGCUCCAUGUGGAAUUCUAAUGGAACGUCGGCAUAUCCUGGAAUUACCAUUACAUCCUUCUCAACACCUCCCUUCAAACAGGGUGUGAAUUAUUAUAUUGCUUAUUUGAGUUCUAUCGAUAUUCCUCAUGCAAGUAUUGUAUGUCAAGGAUUUAAAUCCAAUAAGGUGUUAGUAAGCCCAAAAGAGAUGUUGCAUGUACAACAAAUUUCUCACCAAAAGAUUUUGGUGCCAUCCUCGUCUACCUUUGGGAAGAACUCGAAAAAUCAUAUCAUUACCAAAUAUUCAGCCAUGGUGCCACUCGCUCAUACACUUGAUGGAGUUUCAGAACAUCAAGAGCUUGUGACAGCAAUAAGAAUUCAACAAAAUGGAUUUGACUUGUUCAAGAAAGGGUUCUCUUUUACCAAGGCUGGAAAUUUUGAUUUUCAUAGAAAAGUGAUUCAUCCACAAUUCUAUUAUUCAACUACUCUGAAAAAGUAUCAAUACCGCACAUGCACAGAAUAUAUUUACAAGAUUUACAGGUAUGAUCAUACACAAAGCGAAAAAUUGUUUCCUACUUCCACACAUCAAUCAACUGAUUCAUUACGGCAAUUCUUUAUGAAACAUGCAGACCAAAUGUCACUAAUUUUUUCAAGUUUGGCAGAAAAUAGCGAAAAUUUCUGUAAGCAAAUUGAUGAUAUGCCUUUUGGAGUAGCAGAUUUUACUAUCAGCCAUGAAUUUUUUGAUACCAAACCCAUUGCGUUGAUAUUGACUGUUUCAUCUCGAGAGAAUGAUCACAUCGAAUAUGUGCAUUAUCCAGUACUAUUGAAUCUAUCUGAUGACAGAACGUUUCUUUCUCGAGUAUCCACCUAUGUUUCGAACGUACUGACAACAAUAUUUGAUCCCAAACGUUGGAUCAGAAAUAUAUAG